GAGAGCUAGCGCCAGUCAGACAAGAGGCGUAUUUCUUCCUGAUAGCAUCAGCAGUGGGUGGAGUUUAUGCAGGGGUGAAGCAACUGUAGCUGACCUAAACCUACAUAACCCCUGGUGGGACAGUUUGUAGUGUCCCGUCCCUCCAGACUACCAGAAAUCCUUGAACCAUCCAUGUGUAAGCCUCAAGGCCCCUCCUUCAGGAGCGACGUGGCCACUUAGCGACCCAGCUUUGAGUAGGAACGUUUCUGAGGGCAUUGGCGAAGUGCUUGUUUGUUGCUUUGUCUUGAGUGACAACCCCCCCCCCCCUCCUUGCUUGGUGAUUCAUAACACUUAAGCCAUCCAGCUGAACACUGCUGAAAUCGAAUUGUGUCAAAGUUCACUCCAGAAAUAACCCAAGGGUAUACUAUAUGAAUAUUCAUGUUUUUCAGAAUUUAAAAAAACAUUCAGGACCGUUAAGAUCUUUGCAGGUUGCAUGCAGAUGUCACAGGAGGUUUGAAUGCAAGGAAGUGCAUGUCUCCAAUUAUUUAAAGACACAGUCGUGAAGUUCUGUGUCAGCAGUGACUUUGUUAGCCUUUUUUUUUGUUAUCUCAAUUUAUUGUCCUAAACAUUCCGGCAAGCUUGGCCGAUUCGUCAUGACUUGUAAAACUGCAUUUUGAAGUUGCCUCUUGACAUAACUCCUCGUAUGACAAGCCCAACGAGCAGCGAUUCCUUUGCCAGGUACCCUCCCAAGCCACUGGUUGAUUUUCAGAAAAGGCUACAGAAGGAACUAUUGGCACUGCAGAAUGAUCCACCCCCUGGCAUGACCUUGAAUGAAAAGAGCGUACAAAAUACCAUAACACAGUGGAUAGUGGAUAUGGAAGGAGCCACAGGUACUCUGUAUGAAGGAGAAAAAUUUCAGCUGCUUUUUAAAUUCAGUGGUCGGUAUCCUUUCGACUCACCUCAGGUCAUGUUCACAGGAGAGAAUAUACCUGUUCAUCCUCAUGUAUAUAGCAACGGUCACAUCUGUCUGUCCAUUUUAACGGAAGACUGGUCACCCGCUCUUUCGGUGCAGUCUGUUUGUCUUAGCAUUAUCAGCAUGCUGUCGAGCUGCAAAGAAAAGCGGCGACCUCCUGAUAACUCCUUUUAUGUAAGAACAUGUAACAAGAAUCCAAAGAAAACAAAAUGGUGGUAUCACGAUGAUACUUGCUAAUGUUCAACUUUUUCAUACUCCUAGAAGAAAAAUGUCCUACUGAGUACAUAAGCACUUUUUAAUCAUUCAGUCUUUGAACUUUAACCUUUGACUGGGACAACUGACUUCCUGGACUGCAUUUCCCAGAGGGCUGCUGGAUGCAUGUUUUAGCUGGUUGUUUAAAAAAUGAAUACACGAACGUAUGAUACAGACGACGUGGAUUGUUUUGACAUACGGUAGUUAUGCAGCAAAUGAGGAGGUUUUGUAGUGAGAGAAUUCCUAUUUUAAAUCUUUUUGUUAUCUUUUUUUUUUCUUUUUUUUUUUUUGGAAGAGUUUUUUUCUUUUUUUUCCAGGUGGUCAUGUGUUGUGCAAUAACAUUGAUUCAUGCAUGCUUGGGCUGACAAAUCCGAAGCCUGACACAAUCCAAAUCGGGUCAUUUAUUUGUAAGGGACUGAACGUCUCAAUGGCAAAGAUGAGUCUGUUCACUGAAACUAUAUGCACUGUGAAAUCUGUUAGAGAAGUAAAACAUUGCAUUAUAACACCUUGUUCUGCUGUAACCUUCACCAUACUUUAUAUUCAGGAAACAGGUUUCGCCCCCCCCCCCACUUUGACUUCUUGAAAAUGCUUGAGUUUAGGAAAGUACUCAUCCUUCUCCAUAUAUUUAUGAUUAACUUCCAAGUACUGAGCUGCUUUUGAGAAGCUGUUUUGCGAUUGGUCGAAUUUACUGGACAGCGAAUGGUCAUGCACAGGGUAAAGCCAGGAACUUUAUUACUGACCACAGGUUUGUGUGUUCCAGUCUCCAGACUCCACACAUCUAACUCUGUUUAAUCCAGGAGUGUUUACCGGCCUUUCUCAUCUAAGAACGCGACUGACCGCCUUUUGUGUUGCAGAAGUGUGCAAAAAAAAAAAAACAAACAAAAAAAAAAACAUUUUGUGUUGUGCUUUCAUUUUUGUUUGAUUAUCUUCACAUCUGGAUUAUGCUUUAAUUUAAUAUUGUCCUUGAUUUGAAAAGUAGUUCUUGUUUUUGUAAAAAAAAAUAAAAAAUAAAAAAAGAAUAGAAAAAGGAAAAAAAAUGUUGGCAGCGGAUAUAAAUUGAAUUUUAUCUCUGGGGCGAGGGGAGUUUUGGGGUGGGUCAAAGGUAGAAUGUUUUUGUCUUAUUUUACUUUGCAUUCACUCUUAUCUGCACCAUGCAUUUUGGGUAAAAUGAUUAUUAAUGUUUGAGUAAUUUUGAAAAAAUGUUUUUCCAGGUCACGGGACGAGGGUGAGCUCUCUCUCUCUUUCUCCUGACCGUAUUUAUCAGGCUCAGGUACUUUUUCUGUAAGGAAUCACCAUGAAGUUUCCAAACUGGUGUUUUUCGUUUCAGUGAUAUUUGUACCAAAAUAAAAAUAAAAAUACUGUUACAACUGUAAAAGAUCAUGGUUUGAAGAAGAUAUUGUGUAAUAUUCUUUUGUUAAACAGUACAUGCAAAUUAGUAACAACAACAAAAAGUGCAAGUAAAGCAAUCCUCAACAAGUCAAACCUGUCCAUUUAAAACCUGUAUAAACCAGGUACUAGCUGUCAGUACCUUAAUUGUCAGACGGUCAUGCAUAACAGGAGCUGAGCUGGAAGUAGCUUUUUUUCUUCUUUUUUUUCUUUUUUAAAGUGUAUAACUCCUGUUACAGCUGUUGUGUACAAUUGCUUAGGAGGGUUUGUCUCCGCACUUUUAUUUAUUUUAUUUUUUUUGCCAAUUAGGACCUGUAUAGCAUUUCUAUUAAAAAAAACAUGAUAUGGUAACAGUUUUUUU